AUGGAUUUAGAUCAAGCAGAGAUGCAAAAUGUAGGCUUCUUUGGUCUAUACAAAGAAUCUAUCAAAACCAUAUUCUCAUGGAAGAAAAUAUUUGCUCAAAUCACCCUAACUUUCAUCCUACCACUCUCCUUCAUCUUCUUGGCUCACAUCGUCAUCGCUGACAUACUUGAUUGGCGUUUUAGUGGCUAUAGAAGUAAUGAAUAUCGCUAUUACUAUCAUCAUCGUGAAACAUCUUUAUGGAUUCGUUAUUGGAUCUUAAAAUUUGUCUACUUAACCUUCCUCUUCCUAUUCUCUCUCCUCUCCACUGCUGCCAUCGUUUACACCAUAGCCACGGUGUACACGGGUAGUGAUGUGGCAUUCAAGAAAGUAUUGAAAAUUGUGCCUAGGGUUUGGAAACGACUUGCUUUGACUUUCUUGUGGACUUACUUGGGCUUUUUUGUCUAUAACGUGGUGGCAGGAGUGGCAACUGGCAUUUAUGCAACCACCAUAUCAGACACCACGUUUGGUUAUGUCAUGUUUUGGGUGUUGUUUAUACUAUAUUGCAUCGGAUUUAUAUAUAUAACAGCGAUUUGGCAGUUGGCCAGUGUGGUUACUGUUUUGGAAAGCUCAUAUGGAUUAAAAGCAAUGAUGAAAGGCAAUCAACUUAUUAAAGGGAAGAAGUUGUUAUCGUGGUUCGUAUUCUUCGUGUUAUAUUGUGUUUUUGCAGGUAUAUUGAUCUUAUUCUACAUAUUUAUGUGGAACUUCACGUUUUUUAGCUUAAUCAUAGGACUCCUAUGUCUUUUCCUACUCAUGAACUUGUUUCUGAUCGGUUAUGUGGCACAAACGAUGCUUUACCUUGUUUGCAAGUCACAUCAUCGUGAGCCCAUUGAUAAGGUCGGAUUAUCAACUCAACUAGGAGGUUAUCUCGGCCAAUUUGAGCCCGUAUUCAAGACAAACAAAGAUAUUGAGCUAGGGCAAGCUCAUCCUCAAACGCCUCCUCAUCCUCAAACGCCUCCUCAUCCUCAAACUCAAACUCAACCUCAAGUUCAAGUUUAA